UACGACGCAAAUGAAAGAAGGAAAGAUGGCGGCGAAGAACGGAAAGAGUGGGCUACUUACAUGGAGGAUCGACGACGAGAAGCCCUUGAAGAUCGACAAGUGGGACGGGGCUGCGGUGAAGAACUCGCUGGACGACGCCGCCAAAAAGGUUCUUUUGGAGAAGUACGGUUAUGUGGAGAACUUCAGCCUUGUUGACGGACGCCUCGCCAUCUGCACAGUUUCCUGCCUUUUCGCUAUCGUGGCUCUGGUGUGGGACUACCUGUAUCCCUUCCCUGAGUCGAAACCCGUUCUGGCCUUGUGCGUGGUCUCUUACUUCAUAAUGAUGGGUGUUCUCACCUUUUAUACGUCGUAUAAAGAGAAGAGCAUUUUCCUAGUUGCUGUGCAGAAGGACCCAGCAGGCAUGGAUCCAGACCACGUGUGGCAGCUUUCUUCGGGUCUGAAAAGGUUUGACGACAAGUACACUCUCAGGGUCUCGUUCGCUGACGGAAAAUCGAGCCGCCGCAGGGAGCAGGAGUUCACGGAGUCCGUCGCAAAGUUCUUUGACGAAAACGGAACGCUGGUGAUGGACCAGUUCGAGAAGAGGGUGUCCAGACUUCAUGACACCCUGGCGGUGGAGAAGAAGUCAAAGUAGACGGUGUGGAACUUGAGCAACUCAGCCAGUUAAGGCUCUGCUGGGGGCACUGGCUGAGUCAGGCAUGUUUGCGGUUCAUGACUGAGCGGUGGCACUUGCCGGCGUUAACCUGUAGCAGCACAACACAAUCCCCUUCUUUGGUGGGUUGAGGGGGCUUCCGUAGGGCUGGGAUCUCAAACCACAGCUGCACGAGAGCCUGCUAGGUUCCUGCGGUGUGUGUGUGUGUGUGUGUGUGUGUGUGUGUGUGUGUGUCAGUGUCACACUGUGAGAGACACCAGCAUUCCUGCACCCUGCUGUGUAGCUUACAGUGCAACCAAAUGCCGCUGUUCGACUGGACCGUGAAGAGCAAACCCAGUGUGUCCUUUCAUGCCCCUCUGUUCUCGAUGGUAUUUCGCAAACAGCAGACACUCUGGGAACACACGUAUACAGUAUGUACUCCUAAAUGAGCUACCAGCCUGUCAUUCCACCGGGAAUAAUUGAGCAGCACUAAUAAAGUAGUUUUUAGGUGUGUUUCUGCCCACACAGACUUCGGGAGUCUUAGUUUUUGUUUGAAGUAGUUUUCACGAUAGUGGAGUUAAUUUGGCAUGCAGACAGUUUUUCGACAUUUUAUUAUGAAGGGGUAAAGCUCAGUUUUUCUAGAGAAUAUGUGUUUUCUGAAAUCUGACAUGAUAGCAGAAUUAUAAUUACUGCUUACACUGAGUGCAGUGGUAAAAUUUCCCAUUGUUUUUGGCUUUAUUUGUAAAAUUCCUAAUGGCCCAAAACAGUGCUGGAAAUAUAGUAUUUGAGCGAUUGGGGCCACUGAAGCGUGAUGUUUGUUUGACGUUCUCUACAUCCUCAGUCACACCUAAUCUUCUGCUUGUUAGCCUUUCGGUAGGAUGUGAAUUUAUGCGUUCGCUUCUGUUUCUCUUGCAGUUUAUCCUCCUCGAUAAAGUACUUUUGUCCUGAUGCCUUAUUUCUAUUUUGUUCUGUUUUUAGUUUUGUUCAUUUAGAAUUAUGUUUCUGUUCUCAUAUUUUGCCCUUGUAAGCGUGAUAGAAUAUGAAAAGGGAAUGCCCUUUUCACCCUGGUAUGUUCUUAUUAUGUGAAGUGACGGUCCAAAUAAAUAGUUAAAACACGAA